AUGUCUUAUACGAUUAGUCCUGUAGUUUCAGACGACGUGGAGAGUGUCCUGAAAUUUUUGAAACGCACGUUCUACUUGGACGAACCUAUUCUUAGAGCAGUAGAUUAUUGUCAGACGGGAAACGAUGAUACGCACGAUUUGGAUGAAUACUGUAGACAUAGUCUCCCUGGUUGCUCUUUCCAAGCAAAAGAUGAGGAUGGGAAUUUAAUCGGGGUGCUGGUCUGUGACCGUUGUCCAGUUGUGAAUCCCACAGAUUGCUUGACUGCUCUUAAAGACUGUAAAAGUCCAAAAUACAAAACGGUCAUCCGUAUGCAGAUAAUGCGCGAGAUCAUUGCUGAGAUUUGGAAUCAGUACCCGAAUGACAGCGAACUCAUUGAAAUCAAAAUGGCCGCUACUGAUCCAAAAUGGCGGAACAAAGGUGUAAUGAAUAAAUUAAUGGGCGUAAUUGAGAAAACUGCGCGUGACCUAGGAGUUAGACUGUUAAGAAUCGAAACUUCUAGUGCUUUUUCGGCAAAAUCUGCAGAAAGUAAGGGAUUUAAAUGCAUCUUCAGCCGCCCGUACACAGAAUUCCAAUUCGACGGAAAGCCCUUCAUUAUUACUGAACCACCGCAUUUAGACGAUAGAAUAUAUAUAAAGGAGCUGUUUUAA